AUGAAUGGGGAGAAUUACGGAAAAUUACUCCCGUAAAUACCUGAAGCUCUUGCCUGUUAUUAUAGGGCUCUUCUUCUUCUAUCAUUCGACUAAAGCGCACAGGAAUCUGGAACCCCAUUCACAUCAAAACUCUAUCUCCAAACUUUUCAAACACUCGAUCUCCUCCUCCCUUCACUUCUCUUCUCACUGAUUUUAGCAACCCAAGAAUUUCAGCUUAUCCUAAACACUCAAAUGGGGUUUAAGCAUAAAGCUCACUUCGAAUUCUUUCAUUUCAUAUUGCAUCAAUAAAACAGUCCAUAUAUCAUAUCAGUUAUGGAGUUCAAAGAAGGUCUGAUGAGAUUAGUAUUCCAGAAAUCCAAAGAAACCAAUAGCAUCUACGACGCCGGAGAUAGAUUAACGGAGAUAAUAACCAGUACUGCUCGGAGCCCAAGCCGGAGAUGGAAGCUCUUCCACAGAUCCUCAUCUGCAAUCCCAUCAAAGCCUUCAAAGCCUCAAAUCCCAAGAGAGUUCAUUUGCCCCAUUUCCGGGUCGUUAAUGUCCGACCCGGUCAUAGUCUCCUCGGGUCACACCUUCGAACGCGUCUGCGUCCAGCUCUGCAAAGCCCUAAACUUCACCCCUACUCUCGUGGACUCUCCCCCACCUGAUCUCACCUCCGUCAUCCCAAACCUCGCCUUGAAAACCACCAUCCUCAACUGGUGCCGAAAUUACAAUAUUCCCCCUCCCUCGCCGCCCGAUCCCGUCUCCGCCAAGAAGCUCGUCCGUAAGGCCAUGGCGUCCGGCGGCCUGAGAGUGUCCGUUUCCGACCACGAGUCGCUGAUACGCGGCGUGGAGGAGACGCCGAAGCUGAGCUUCAACCACGCCGCGACGGAGCUGACUCGCCGGAAAGCUCACUUCCACUCCAGCUCCGACGAGUCAAUCAGCGCGGCCGUGCUGUCUCUUCCCCCGCUGCAGUUCUCGACUCAGCCGAGCUGCUACUCGUCGCGGUCGUCUUCCUGUUCCGAAACCGAAACCCUAAUUCCGAACGAGGAAGAAGACGGAAUCUUGGCCGGGCUGAGAAGCAUCCACGUGUCGGAGAUCGAGGAGGCGCUGACGUCACUGAGGAAGAUCACACGGACGAGAGAGGACGCCCGGGCCCACAUCUGUAGCCCACGGCUUCUCUCGGCCCUGAGACCCCUCAUAGUUUCCAGGUACGCCAAUAUUCAGGUAAACUCAGUCGCGGCGUUGGUCAAUGUUUCUUUGGAAUUGUCAAACAAGAUCAAAAUCGUACGGUCCGGAAUUCUCCCGCCUUUAAUUGAUGUGCUGAAGGCGGGAUCACCCGAGGCGCAGGAGCAUGGUUGCGGGGUGGUCUUCAGUUUGGCGCUGGAUGACGACUGCAAGACGGCUAUAGGUGUACUGGGGGCUCUCCCGCCUUUGCUCCACUUGCUUAACUCGGAGAGUGAGCGGGCUCGGCUUGACUCGGCGCUAGGUUUGUAUCAUUUGACGUUGGUGCAAAGUAACCGGACCAAGUUAGUUAAGCUCGGGGCGGUUCCGGUUCUUUUGAGGAUGGUGAGGUCGGGGCACAUGGCGGGUCGGGUGUUGCUCACAUUGUGUAAUUUGAGUUCGUGUGUGGACGGGCGGGCGGCGAUGUUGGAUUCGGGUGGGGUGGAGUGUUUGGUGGGGGUGUUGAGGAGGAAGGAGUAUGAUUCCCGGUCGAUUCAGGAAAGUUGUGUGGCUGCAUUGUAUGGGUUGAGUCAUGGGGGCUUGAGGUUUAAGGGGUUGGCGAAGGCGGCGGGGGCGGUGGAGGUGUUGAGGGAGGUGGAGAAGAGUGGGAGUGAGAGAGGGAGGGAAAAGGCGAGGAGGAUGUUGGAGAUGAUGAGAGGGAGGGAGAAGGAGGAAGAGGAGGAGGUGGAUUGGGAGGAGUUGCUUGACUCGGGGUUGGGAAGUCGAAGUAGGUUUCAGCCAGGUGGUGGUGGUCUAUUGAGCGGGUCUUCCGAGUUUUGAGUACAUAACUGGAGAGUAUUCUUGAGGUAAAUUUUUCAACAUUAUUGGUUUUGAUAGUUUUGCGAUUGUUGUGAUUUGAAAUACAGAAGUUAUUUCGUGAUUUUGUGGCUUGAACCGACAAGUUC